CGAAGGAGACUGCAAGCGUAUUUCAAUCUUUAGAUAACCCAAAACUUGUCAGUGAAACUGCAUAGCAUCUUUCUGAACAAGAGAAAGAAUCUAAUGAGUCGAAAAAGACAUAAGAGUGCUGGUAGAAACUCAGAACAAUCCGAUUCUAGCAUGGAUUCAGAUUCAGAUGAAUCCGACGUUGAAGAUUACAUGUACAGGACAUUGCCUACAGCGACAAGUGAAUGGGACAUAUUAUGCCUCCAAUCUAUUGACAUUCAUUACCAUAAUCAUUUUCAUAAUUUGCCGUCUGACAUUUUAGAUAUUGUUCAUGCGAAAACGGGAAUGUUUGGGCCGUUGACAGAAAAACAAGAAGAAUUUACGAAAAAUUUACAAAACUCUAUCAGUUUCAGUUGCUCAAUCACUGAAAUAAUUGGGAUUGAUUUAGACCUGAAUGUUGAAACAUUUAUUCCAGAAAUGGAAAAGGAUAUUGAGAAAAACGGAAGUUCAUCAAGUGAUCCUUUAACUGAUGUGUCAACGGUUGUAGAUGAUUUCAUCAAUAGUACAAUAAUAAUGAUGAAAUACCAGUCUUCAUACCUGAAAACGAUCCAUAAAUAUGGGAAACAAAGCAUACCACCUGUACCAAAGGAUAUUUUUGCAGACAUUUUCAAAGCUUUCACGAAGAUGUGUUGUCUUCUUCCUGUACCAGGCUCAGCAUGGAGAUCGAUUAUUAAUAUUCAUCGAGUUGAUGUCACGUCAGCCUCUGAUGUUGUAAUUAUGACAAAGGAUCAUCUGCAUAGUCAAUUUCCAGAAACUUCAUCUGUUGUGUCCAUUGCAGAGCUCAAAAAUUUAGGUGUUUUUACAAAAAAAUAUGAUUAUAAUGAUGAUGAAGAACCAACAAUUAAAACUCAUAGUACAUCAUCUGAUUCAUCUGAGCCAAAAGAUGCAGACGACAUUGAACCAUCUGUUCAUGAAAAACCAGCCAUUCUUAAAAGAGUUGGUCAAAAGGUUCUUGGACAGCAUGGGGGAGAUCUUUUACUACAUCAGUCUUUAUAUAGACAAACUCUUGACGAAGAAAGAAGCAUGAGAUAUAUUCCUGGGAUGAUUGUUAUUGGAACGGAGAUCACCUUCACUUUACUGGAGCUGCAUGGCAAACAUUUAGCAGAAUUGAGAAGCAAAGAUGGGAAUAUAAGACAUAAAAGCAUUAUAUAUUAUUCAAAACCUAGAGAUUUGCUGAAGAAAGAAGAUCGAGAUAUCCUGCUCAAAUCUUUUGUAAGAUUGAAUAAUAAGAAGUAACUAGGUCUUUGAAAUGUACAUAACAAUUAUGAAAAAUACAUAUAUUAAAAACAAUUUAUGAAAGGUUUAUAAAUUUUGUUAGCAUAAGCUGUUGGGAAUUUAAUAUUUUUUCUCGGACUCCUUUAUGGUUUGUGGUUUAGGGGUAAAGUUUAUCCUUGUCUAUCUGUACAUCCGUCUGUACGUUCCAAAAUUAGUUCUCCUCACUUUAGUUUGCCUCAAACAAAUGUUAUUUAACUAAUACACAAUGCUUAUUACCACCAAUAACAGAUCAAGUUCAAAUUUGGGUGGCGUCACAUUCACUAUUCUACAGUUAUGUCCCUUUGUUAAUUGAAAAAUUGCAGACUUUGCUAAAUAUUUUUAAGUGGGGGCAUCUGUGUCCACAUGGAUACAUUCUUCAUUUAUUUGGUCACCUGUUUCCCAAUUUAUAUUUUGUAAUUUUUACUGUUUCAACAUAUUGAUGUUACAAUUUAAAAAAUUAUUUUGAAUCCAUGUUACUAAAAAUAGUAACAUCAAGUUGAUAUCAAUUAAAAAAAAUAGUAACAUCCAGUCAAUAUCAUUAUCAAACUUACACUUUUUACAUAUGUUAUAUAUAUAUAUAUAUACAGAUAUAGAUUAAGGACUUUCACUCAGUCAAUACAUGAUAUACUGACCUGUUAGAUUAUAUUGAAAUUGGACUUCAUACUCGGUCAAUAUAAUCUGAACAGGUCCAUAUAUAUUGUAUUGACCUUGUCAAAUGUCCAUAAUGGAUAGAUAUAUAUGAGCUGCGUCGGAUAGAAAUCGACCUUAUACAAAUAGAUCAAAACAUCUGUUUACCUAUUUUAAAUUGAUUAAAUCUAUACGGAAAGUCUGUAACUGUUUGAAAAUUGAGUUGUUAUAUAAGGGCUAUUCCAUUAAAAUGAAUGUGGGAGGGUAGGAAGGGACUUUCAAAAUAUCCCUACAACCAAGAACCAUUUUUUAGAUAAUUUUGCAUAAUGGUGAUAGACGCAUACUGAAAAAAGACCCAUGACCCUCUUUCAAUAAUUAAACUUCCCUUCCUACCCUCCCACAUACAUUUUAAUGAAAUAGCCCUAAGAACCCUACAAAACAGACCAAAAUUCAUCUUUUAUUUCGUAUUUCAAUGUUCCAAAAUUAAUCAAAGACUUAUAUAUGUACAUGUAUACAUGCACUUGCAUAAGGUCGAUUUCUAUCCAACGCAGCUCAUAUGUAGUAUACCAAACCUCUUAAGUCUAAUUGUCCUAUUUUUUGGAAAAUUCCUGAAAUGGGUAUGAUAUUAUGUUCCAUUGUGAUAUUUGUAUUACUUUAAAUAAAUCUUUACGAUAAU